AUGAUGCGGACCAUCUUAUGUGUCGCUUUCCUCGUUUGCCUCGGGCAUUCUUCUACUAUUCCUCUUCCUCCCAGUACAGGACCAUGCAACGUCAGGCUUCAUGCAAGUGAACUGGUCGAUGCCUCUCGGACUGACCCCUAUGAUCCAAAAAGAGGGAAACGCGCUAUCAUGGUCACGAGUUUCACUCCGACUGCUUGCGGCAGUGUAUCCUCCGCCUCUUACUUCCCGAAUGCAACGGCCACAUUCGAGGAUGAAUUCUUCCAGGCAAUGGGACUAGCCCUAGCCCCAGGAACGUUCAAGUCUUUUCAUAUAGAGACCCAGCUCAGUCAGCAGCCGUCUUCUGCCAGCCGUGGAGGAUAUCCAGUAGUACUGUUCUCCCCGGCAGCGGGAAUGUCAAGAUUAGUGUACACGGUGCUCCUUCAAGACAUUGCGAGUUACGGUUUCGCCGUGGUUUCUGUCGACCACCCGCAUGAUGCUAAUAUCGUCGAAUUCCCUGACGGCCGCACCGUCAUCGGAACAAACAUCUCCACGAAUGCGCAAUAUCUCGCAGCGCUGAACGUGCGAGUGAAAGACAUGUCGUUUCUUCUCGAUCAGAUACAGAAUGAUAGCGCGGUCAAAGAAAUAUUUCCUUUAUCAAAAGCGAGUCCAAAUCUGCUCUCGCUCCACCGCGCAUCGAUAUUCGGCCAUUCGCUCGGCGGUGCAACAGCAGCACAGACCAUGUUCGUCGAUGAUCGGUUUGCCGGGGGCAUCAACCUGGAUGGCCAACUGUGGGGCUCCGUCGUCGACAAAGGUCUUGCGAAACCAUUUGUGCUUUUCGGCAACUCAAACCAUACUCAAGCAACAGACCCUUCCUGGAGCAAGUUCUGGUCCAAAUCGCGCGGAUGGAAACUUGAGCUCAAGCUCGCGCAGUCUAAGCACUAUACCUUUUCCGACUUCCCGGUGCUUGUCGAUGCGCUGAGUAUAUCAGAAGAGGCGAGGCAGGUUGUGCAGACCGAGAGGACGGGGACAAUAGGUGCCGUGAGGGCUAAGAACGUGAUUACCUCGUACGUGACUGCUGCACUGAAGUAUUUUGCUUAUGGAACAUCGUGUGAUUUAUUAAGCGGGCCUUCGGCAUCAUUUCCGGACGUGAGCAUUGUGGCAUCAAAGUCUUAA